GGUCCCCCGGGAUCAAGGGGCCCCGAGGCUUGCGCACGGGCUUCGGGCCGAACGCCAUCUGCGCCUGCUGGUACAGCGGCACGUUGUUGUUGUUAUUCGCAGGUGCUGAGAAUAAGUUGGUGGCCGGCUGCCCGGGAAGCGGGUACUGCGGCGUUUGCGUCGGGGGGAUAAACGAGUUGUUGUUGUUGUGGGGCAUCGGCAUUCUAUUGCCGAAGGCGCCGUUGUUAUGCGGGUUGGGGCCGGUGAGGGCCAUGGUGUUCUGCGGGCCGCUGGGGGCGAAGCCGUUGUUGGCAAAGCCGCUGCUGGUAUUGUUACUGUUGUUGGCAAAGCCGGGGUUGGUAAAGCCGUUGUUGUUGUUGAAGGGCUGGGGGCCGUUGAACGGUCCGGGUGCGGCGCCAAAGCCGUUUCCUUGUUGGUAGGCGUUCUGGAAUGCGCCUUGCGGCUGCUGCGGCUGGGCGAAGUUCUGGCCCAUCAUGUUCUGGUUGGGAAAGUUCUGCUGGCCCAUGAAGCCUUGUCCCAUACCGUUUUGCCCCAUGCCGUUCUGGUUUUGCUGUCCCCCGAAGCUGGGAGUAGUAGUACCGUUCUGUCCGGUAAAGAUCGGGGCAGUACCGUUCAUCGCAAAGUAAGGAGCGGCGCCGUUCUGGCCCAUCCCAUUCUGAUUCUGCCGUCCAAAGAUCGGAGUAGCGGUGCUUACUGGAAAGGUCGGCGCAGCAGGGUUCUGGCCCGGGAAUGGCUGCACGGUGGGAUUAUACUGGUUUGGACCCUGGAAGAUCGGGUUCUGACUACUAACGAGCUGCGAAGACAUUUGAGCUGCCGGAGCCUGUUGCUGGGCUGGCCCAUUGUUCGCUUUCAACUGCGUGACCUCGAGCUUCAGCUCGUCCAUGCGGCGGUACAGAGCACGCACAUCCUCGAUGCUAAGCGUGUGGUUUCCAAAAGCGAUGUUCUUCAGAUGAUCAGGGGCGUCUUUCAACGCGUCGGCGAUGACCUUCUCCUUGUCACUGUAGUCGUAAUCCUCCGUGAAUACCGCGUCUCUCCGAGGCUUCGCGGCAGUCGAAGUGUUCGUGUCACCGGAAAGGUUCACGGCCUUCGAGCUAGUGCUGCUGUGAAACUCGAUCGCCUUGGGGUUCAGGCUAGGCGUCUCGGGACUCUUGGACGGAGUCUUGAGGGGCACCAUACCGCUCACGCCCGAGUCCGACGACGAGUUCUCCACGGGAGGCUUCUUGUUUGUCGCCUCCUCCUUGUUCCAGUGGGGCGGCUUGAUGUCGAUGGGCUUCGCGCCGUGGCGGUUCGCCGACGACUUGUUGAUCUUCUGGACAAGCGCCUCGAAGCGGGCUUGGUCCUCUGCCAUCUUCAAAGCCUUCUGCUCCUCUGCCAUCCCCAAAGUAUCCUGCUCGUCGAUCGCCUUCAAAGCAUCCUCAAGCUCCUUUUCUAGAGCCAUGUCGAUACCAGGUCCAGGAGCCUGCUCUUGUCGCUUCUGGGGUGCCGCAUCUUGCUGGCCGGCCGAGCGCUCACUGCCUGUCGCUGCCCACUCUUCCUUGUCGUACUCCUCCCGGAGGCGUGAGAUAGGUAAUCCUGCCGAGCGCGGCAGCUCGAGCUUGCUAAGGAACUUGUCAAUGUUCGCGUGCAGGGCGUCCCAAUGGUUCGUUUGGAAUUGCUGCGCGGUGUUGAUGGCGCGGACGGACGCCAUGGGGAACGUGUUAUCGGGACUGUCGUUUCCGGCAUUGCGAUCGCGGGGGAACGCGCGCACGGCAGCGUUGCCGUAGGUCGUCUGGCGGCUGCUGGUGGGUGUUCCCUGCUGGCCGCGAAACUCCAAGAUCUGCUCAAGACCCUCGCGGAUGGUUGGGGUCACGGCGUCAAGAC